GAACUGAUCAAUUACGUAGCGUAAACUGAGAAGACAUACGUUCGGCAGUACAGUAUUGGCAAUUUUACGAUGGUGAAGGUACAGAAUCAGGAUAGAAAACUGCAGUUAUUUUGGCGCGAGUUUCUUUUGUGGUCCUUCGGAUGUUUUCUUCUUUACUCCGCGUAUGGGACAUUGCUUAAUAUGCAAUCCAGCAUAAACGUCGUGGAUGGAUUAGGAACAUUUUCGGUCACCAUUACGUAUGCUACAUCAGCUUUAGUUUCCUUGCUUUGUGCACCGAUAUUGCUGCGUAAGUUUGGAGCAAAAAAAUGUGUUUGCGCAAGCGAACUGACAUACGUUGCGUACAUGCUAGCGAAUUUCUAUCCUGUGUUCUGGACCAUGGCUCCGACGUCCUUUAUACUUGGAAUAGGCGAUUGUAUCGUAUGGAGUGUUUUUGCAAUUUUCAAUUCUUAUUUUGCAAAUAAGUAUUCGGUCCUGAAGGGAACACCUUGUAACUCUUCUAAGUUUUCGGGAUAUUUCUAUGCUAUAUUCCAAUGUGCAAAGAUAUUUGGAAAUCUUGUCUCCUUUGUAGUACUUUAUGCAUUUUCGGAAGCUACAUCCGUGGAAAAUAUUUCUGCUUCAGCAUCAUCAUUUAAGAGUAAUACGACGUUAUUGAAUCACGUUACUCCAAGCGAAAAUGUAGCAUCACACACGAAUGAAACUUCAAAUUUCGUGAGAGAAUAUUGUGGAGCCAGGGAUUGUCAAGAUCCAUCAGUUGUUGAUGACACAAUAACUCAAUAUAUUCCAAGUGCUGAAAUUGCACGUUAUUCAUUAUUAAGUCUCAUGUUAUUACUAUGCAUAUGUGCUUUUGGAGUACAUCUUGUGUUUCUGCCAAAUACACAAGGAGAGGAGUUUGCAGACAACACGGAAGCAAAUGAUUCAAAGUGCAACAAUUUCGUAUGGAUUGGAAUAAAAGACAGUUUCAAACAUUUAUUAAACGUUCAACAAUUGUUGGUGAUGACAAUAACAUUUUAUGCAGGACUGCAAUAUGCUUUCAUAAUAUGUGAGCUGACACGAGCAUUUUCUUCUUGCAUUUUCGGAUUGUCAAUGGUACCCAUCCACAUGUCAGCUUACGGUUUAUCCGCGUGCGUGGUAGCAUAUGUUAUUGGAAAAUUUAUCAAAUCUGCCGGACGCAACUGCCUAUUUGCUUUCGCUGCAAUCAUGGAUAUUGCUGGAUAUGCGUAUUGUCUGUUUGUCGAGGCAGAUUCUAUAAGCUCUUGGAUGCUGUUUGUCGUAUUUUUUACCAUGGGUGGGGUACAAGGAAUAUGGAUUGUCAUGACGAACGUUCUUUAUAUGGUUUACUUCCCUGAUCGUUUGGAUAUAGCAGGACCAAUGUGGAGCGUUCUAUUUAUUUGUGGAAUUGCUGUACAAUUUGGUUGGUCAACUAGCCUAUGCGUUGCAGAAAAAAUUUUCGUUCAUUUAGGAGUGCUUGCUCUAAGUAUGUUAACAUAUGCUCUAGCAGAAAUUCGACAUCGCAAAAAACAUGGGCUGAUAAUAGUCAAAAUCGACGACAAUGACCAAAAUGUUGAAGAAAAUAAGAACGAAAUUGAACAUGAUGGACUACUUUCUAAUAGCAAACGGAAUUGUUCUGAAGCAAUUGAAAUCGCAUAGACUUUGUUUUUUUAAUAGUUAUAUAUAUGCAGACGGUUUAUAUCGUUUAUGAAAUUUUGAUAAUUAUUUAAUUCUUACCGUAAGUUCAUGUGUGGCACGACAUCUGCAAGUAACGACGUUAUCGCCAUGAAUUGUGCAAACACAAAAAAAUUUUGAUGCGA